AAAAUUAGCGCCCGCGCUCACCGCUGGGGCUGGGGCCGCGGCCGGAGCGGGCAGUGAGUGCAGACGGGCAGGGGAGCGGCUCUGGGGCAGACGGACGCAGGGAGAAAGAGGCCCAGACGGGGCGAGUGCAGGCCAGGGCCAGGCAGCCCAAGGGGAGGCCAGGGCAGAGCGUGGGAGUAGGCGUAGGGGCACAGGGCAGGGCCGCGGGGAUGAACUUUGCGGUGGGAUUCAAGCCCAUGCUGGGGGAUUCGCACAGCAUGGACAGCCUGGAGAAGCAGCUGAUCUGCCCCAUCUGCCUGGAGAUGUUCAGCAAGCCCGUGGUCAUCCUGCCCUGCCAGCACAACCUGUGCCGCAAGUGUGCCAACGACAUCUUCCAGGCUUCCAACCCGCUGUGGCAGUCGCGGGGCUCGAGCUCAGUGUCGUCGGGGGGGCGGUUCCGGUGCCCCUCCUGCCGCCACGAGGUCGUCCUGGACCGGCACGGCGUCUACGGGCUGCAACGCAACCUGCUCGUGGAGAACAUCAUCGACAUCUACAAGCAGGAGUCGACCAGGCCCCUGCACGCCAAGGCAGAGCAGCAGCUGAUGUGCGAUGAACACGAGGAUGAGAAGAUCAACAUCUACUGCCUGAGCUGCGAGGCACCCACCUGCUCCCUGUGCAAGGUGUUCGGGGCCCACAAGGACUGCGAGGUGGCCCCGCUGCCCAGCGUCUACAAGCGCCAGAAGAGCGAACUGAGCGACGGCGUCGCCAUGCUGGUGGCUGGGAACGACCGCAUCCAGGCCAUCGUGACCCAGAUGGAGGAGAUCUGCAAGGCUAUCGAGGAGAACAGUCGGCGGCAGAAGCAGCACCUGAGCCAGCGUUUCGACUCCCUCUACAGCACCCUGGAGGAGCGCAAGAAGGAGCUGGUGCAGCGCGUCAGCCGGGAGCAGGAGGAGCGGGUCAGCCACGUGCGCUCCCUCAUCCGCCAGUACGGGGAGCACCUGGAGAGCUCCGCCAAGCUGGUGGAGUCGGCCAUCCAGGCCAUGGAGGAGCCCCAGAUGGCCGCGUACCUGCAGCAAUCCAAGGAGCUGCUUAAAAAGAUCACGGACACGUCGAAGGUGUCAAUGAGUAGCCGCCCGGAGCCCGGCUACGAGAAGAUGGACCACUUCUCUGUCAAUGUGGACAACCUGGCCGAGAUGCUGAGAACCAUCGAAUUCCAGACAGACUCGCAGGGUGAGGACGACAUGGACGGGUUUGCGGGCGGGGAUGGAGGAGACGCUGGAGCCGACGAGGACAGGCCGGAGGGGCCAGAGGCGCUAGAGGGGGCCGAAGUGGGGUCCAGGCAGAAGCCAGCGAGCUCCCCGCAUGGUCAGCACUGAGAGCCGGCAAUGCAGGAGGAGGCCACGAGUGAGACCCCCAGGACGUGGUGUCAUCAGCGACUGAUUUCCCCAGCCAAGACCCUGCGUUCCUGGCCCUUCUCCCCCAGCCGAGACCCUGCGUUCCUGGCCCUUCUCCCCCGGCCGAGACCGUGCGUUCCUGGCCCUUCUCCCCCGGCCGAGACCCUGAGUUCCCGGCCCCUUCUCCCCCGGCCGAGACCCUGCGUUCCCGGCCCCUUCUCCCCCGGCCGCGACCCUGCGUUCCCGGCCCCUUCUCCCCCGGCCGCGACCCUGCGUUCCCGGCCCCUUCUCCCCCGGCCGAGACCCUGCGUUCCCGGCCCCUUCUCCCCCGGCCCCUUCUCUCCUGGCCGUGACCCUGCGUUCCCGGCCCCUUCUCCCCCGGCCACGACCCUGCGUUCCUGGCCCUUCUCCCCCAGCCGCGACCCUGUGUUCCCGGCCCCAUCUCGAACCCACCCCCCAGCUAAGUCCCUGCCACGUUCCUGGCCACCUUCCCUCAGGUUUUCUAUAUUCCAAGAAUAAUGGAAUUUUGUUUGUAAUUUUGUUAAAAGCAUGUGAAAACCC